AUGGAGGAGCUCCGCCUGGCGCAGGAGCUCGCCAACCUCCAGCAGGCCACCUCCGAGGCCCCCGUCCAAAAGGAGGGCCUCGCCGCACUCAAGUCGCAGUUGGAGGCGGCCUGCCAGCAGCUGUCAAAUCUCGAGGGCACGCAUCCCGACGCCAUCGCCGACGCCGAGGCUUCCCUGGCCCAGCACGCUGCCAAGGAGGCGGGCGGCGUGAACGUGCCGCGGCGCCACUCGGCGAAGAGCCCCCCGAUGCCAGGGGAAGACACGAGCGCCCCCGGGGUCGCGCCCACCCACCGCCACUUGGGCAAGCAACCCCUACAUCCGCAGGAGAAGAAGAAUAAGCAGCAGACCCUCACCAAUUACUUCAACCUCUCCAGCGGGAUCCCGGACCCCGGAAAGAUGGCCCCCCCGCGCCCGCGGAGCCAGGGCCCGGAGCAGAGGUGGCAGAGACAUUGCGACAAGAGAGCUCGCAACGGAGCUCAGCUCAUUCUUGUCACCUUCAAUGCGCAGACACUGGAACCGAAGGAGCGCCAGCAGCUACGCCGCAUCGGCGAGAGCGUCACCGCUCGCACGCACUACGUUGAGGACUUCUGCAACAGGCAUCACAUCCAGUUGGCAGGCAUCCAGGAGUCGCGUCUUCCCGAUUCAGGCCUCACGUUGACAGCCAUCUCGGCGCACGCCCCGGCGGCAUCAGCGCCCACGGAAGAGAAGCGCGCCUUCUGGGCGCCCCUCCAGAAAGAAUUGGCCGCUGCACUGCACCAGCGCGCCCCGGUCGUCCUCAUCGAUGGCAACGACGACGACGAGGCGGCCGGCGCCAACUCCAACUACCAGUUCGCCCUCGAGCGCCGCCUGGCGCACGACCUCCAAGACGCCGCCGAGUUAAGCGGCACCAUGGAGCCCGCCUGGUUCGGGAUCCCGGGCCACGAGAAGCGCGGCGACCACGUCUGGCUCGGCCCCCACUGGCACCGCAAGCUGCACGCCACAAGCGCCCUGCAGGAUUCGCUGUACUUCUCCGAACGAGAGGGCCACCGGGCAGUCAAGGCCACGGUCGCCUUGGACCACUCGCUGGGCCCGAGGCCUGCCCCCAGCCCCACGACGUCAACGGAGAAGCUGCGCGACCCCAAAGCACGCCGGGCCCUCGAAGAGGACACGUCCGCCCUCGCGGGCGAGCUCCAGCACAACGCCACUCAGGGCCCCGACGUCUACCACGCUCAGAUGAUCGAGCACGUUCAGGACCUCCAACGCGAGCACUUCUUCGCGCCGGCGUCACAAGUUCCCAAGAAGCCCUGGAUCUCUUCGACGAGCUGGGCUCUCAUCAAGAACACCCCGGGCAUCAG